AUGCACUCGGAUGCGUCUACAGUGCGCCCGGCGGAACGGGGGGAGUUUACAAGACGGGCUUUUGAAAAUGGGAGAAUGGACUUGACAAGUGUGGAGGGACUUGCUGAUUUGAUUUCGGCGGAGACGGCUCUGCAACGGAAGCAGGCGUUGCGACAACUUGGCGGGGAGAUGCGCGAUCUGCUUGAGGGUUGGCGAGCUGAAAUCAAGUCUUGUCUGGCCCAUGCAGAGGCUGUCAUCGAUUUUGGCGAUGAUGUAGAUGACGAUGCAUUUGAGGCUAUUGUGCCGAGAGUUUCCGAUCUGCUCAUGAAAAUGAAGGGGCAUUUGAAUGAUGGUCAUCGAGGAGAGAUUGUUCGAGGUGGGGCCAGAGUCGCGAUUGUCGGACAGCCGAAUGCUGGGAAGAGUACAUUGUUGAAUGCGUUAGCGCAACGACCGGCAGCCAUUGUCUCACCACAAGCCGGUACGACACGGGACGUAGUAGAGGUGCACCUUGAUUUAAACGGUCUUGCCGUUGUUGUGAGCGAUACAGCCGGGCUCAGACAAGAUACAGCAGACCCAAUUGAGAUUGAAGGCAUGAAACGAGCACGACAAGCAGCCUCGAACGCAGAUAUUACAAUCUUGGUACACGAUGCAUCACAAGGAGGAAUGGAAACUGCAAUCGAAUCCAUCUCGAUGGACAGACGAGGCAGCGAGAAUGAUAUGGAGACUGGGACGCAUGCGAAUAUUAUAUGCGUGGCAAACAAAAUUGACUUGAUACCAGAUAGCUUUGAGUCAAAAACCACGGUCAGAGAUAUUCCUAUUUUUUCAACGUCGUUGGUGAAUAACGAUGGCCUUUCCGAACUCACGACUCACCUUGAAAACCUUUUAAAAGUUCGGCUUGAGGGAAGUGGCGGUGUCGGCAAAGAUGGUGAAAGAUCCAGUAAAGCACAAGGCAGUAUUCCUGUGAUCACCAGAGCAAGGCAUCGCCAUCACAUGACCCUGGCGGUCGAAGCUCUAAGUGUUUUUAUGGAAGGCAGAACUGGUGACAACCCGUCGCUAUACCUGCCCAUGGAUAUCGCGACGGAAGAGCUCCGUAUUGCCGCAAAAGAAAUCGGUUCUAUCACAGGUAUUAUCCAUGUCGAAGAGGUGCUAGAUGUUGUUUUUAGCGAGUUUUGCAUUGGAAAGUAGUUGCUGUAUAAUCAUACCUAUUGCGAUAUGUGUCGCCUUUCGAUAUGAUGCUCUCAAAGCUUAAGCGAGAGAAAUGCAUGUCAGCGUUCGUUGCGAACGGAAAACCUAGGUCUUGUUGAUUGCCUUGCGGACAACAUAGCAGUUUGCAGGCUCUAUUCUUUUGUAAUAACCCAUGAGCUUUUCCGCAACACGAAAACCAUAUUUUUCAUAGAAUCGUAGUGCCUCAUCGUUCCCCUCUUGCACGUGAAGGUAAACAUCGACGACAUCUUCACAUGCAGGGGACGUGCGAACGAGGUCUAG